GGGGCCGCACGCGCGGUAAGCCCUUGCACGUGUGCGGCGGCGGCAGGCCGAGGGCUUGGCCGAGGUGGUGGGCGGAGGGCCGAUAUCCGGCAUGUGGGGCCAGAGUCCCUUUUCUAGAGCGGCGGUGGCGGAGAGUGUGAGUUUUCCAGGAAUUGUCCAAAUGGAUGAAGACACACAUUACAAUAAAGUUGAAGAUGUGGUUGGAAGUCAUGUGGAAGAUGCGGUAACAUUUUGGGCCCAGAGUAUUGAUCGAAAUAAGGAUAUUGUGAAGAUUGGUUUUUCACUGUCUGAAGCUUGUCCACAUGCUAAUUCAGUUUUUGGGAAUCUUGACCCAAAGAAGAUUUAUGGUGGAUUAUUUUCAGAAGAUAAGUGUUGGUACAGAUGCAAAGUACUGAAAGUCAUCAGUGAUGAAAAGUGUCUGGUGAGGUACAUUGACUACGGAAACACUGAAAUACUGAAUAGAUCUGAUAUAGUUGAGAUUCCUUCAGAACUGCAGUUUUCUAGUGUUGCCAAAAAGUAUAGACUUUGGGGACUACAGAUUCCUUCUGGCCAAGAAGUUACCCAGUUUGAUCAGGGAAGAACCUUUUUGGGGAGCUUGAUUUUUGAAAAGGAAAUUAAAAUGAGGAUCAAAGCAACCUCUCAGGAUGGAACGGUCAUUGCUCAGGCUGAGUAUGGCAGCGUGGAUAUAGGGGAAGAGGUGGCUAAGAAGGGAUUUGCAGAAAAAUGCAAACUCACCUCCAGCACUAACAUCUGUGAAGAGAAAAAGUCGGAUCCUGCUCAGCUUGCACUAAGGAACCUCAAAAGCCCCAUUCCGUUAUGGGGGCAUAGAUCAAACCAGUCAAACUUCAGCAGGCCAAAGCCACGCUUAAGUGGGAGGCUGUCAGUUGACUUGAAGAAUGAAAGUGAUGCGGGAAACCACGUGACAUUUCCAAAGGAAAGUUUGGCUGUUGGUGACUUUAAGUUAGGGUCUAAUGUCAGCCUGGCAAAAAUUAAACAGGAUCAGAAACUGAUUGAAGAAAAUGAAAAGCUUAAGACAGAGAAGGAGGUUCUUCUUGAAAGUUACAAGGCACUAGAAUCUAAAGUAGAGCAGACUGCCCGGGAGCUGCAGCAAGAGAAAGCAAAUACCAUGGAUUUGACAAAACAUUUAGAGAGUACUUUAAAGACUCGUAUAGGUACCAGAAUGAAAAAUCUGGCAGCAAAGGUGGAAAUACUGAAAGAAAUUAGGCGUGUCAACAUUAAUGUUCGUUUUGGAGAUGACCUUUCAGAAGCUAUGCAGGUGUUGGAUGAGGGGUGCUUUACUACCCUACCUUCUAUGAAUGAAUUAGAGAUCCUUUGGGCAGAAUACAAUCUAGCUCAGGAGAAGAUUCAAACCUGCGGUAAUGUGACUGAAGGCAAUAUUUUGAUUGCCGAAAGAAAUGAAGUGCAACAGAAGCUAUACAUGGCAGUAGAAGUUUUUAUUCUGGAAGUAGAUGAGUUACUUCUUAAUAAACGUUUAAAAACCUUGAAGGAUUUGUCAGCCUCUUUAGAAGCAGUGUAUGGACCGGCCAAAGAAGGAACACACUCUGAGGAUAUCCUUAGAAAAUUUUAUGACUGGAAGUGUGAUAAACGGGAGGAGUUCACCAAAAUUAGAAGUGAGACAGAGGCUUCUCUGCAGCGUCUCGUAGCGUGGUUCCAGAGCACCUUAAAGGUUUUUGAUCUCUCUGUGGAAGAACCAGCAAGCUCUGAUGAUACAGUUGGUAACAUUGAUGAGAUCCUAGAGAAGACUGAGUCCUGUCUCUGCAAAGAGCUGGAGGUGUCUCUGAUUGAGCAAGGUGAUACAGACAAGGAGAUCAUUUUAGAUACAUAUGGUCAAGUGCUACAGAAGAUCCGUUCAGAGGAAAGACUCAUUGCCUCAGUACAAGCCAAGUACAAGGACAGUGUUGAGUUUAAAAAGCAGAUUAUUGAAUGUCUAAAUAAGAGUCCCAGUGUGGAUCACUUGUUGUCCAUUAAGAAGACAUUGAAAGGCCUGAAAGCUCGACUGAGAUGGAAAUUGGUUGAAAAGAGUAAUUUGGAAGAGUCUGAUGACCAUGAUGGAUCCGAAAUUGAGAAAAUAAAACGAGAAGUAAUUCAGUUGCGCAACAGUGUUUUUCAGGAAAUUUAUCAUGAGAGGGAAGAGUAUGAGAAACUGAAUAGCUUGGCACAAAAAUGGUUUCCUGAACUGCCUCUGCUUCAUCCUGAAAUAGGAUUACUUAAGUACAUGAACUCUGGGGGUCUUCUUACUAUGAGCUUGGAACGUGAUCUUCUUGAUGCUGAACCAAUGAAGGAACUUAGCAGCAAGCGUCCUUUGGUGUGCUCUGAGAUUAAUGGGCAGGUAAUUCUUUUAAAGGGCUAUUCUGUGGAUGUUGACACAGAAGCCAGGGUGAUUCGGAGAGCAGCCACCUACCACAGAGCCUCGAGAGAUGCUAAAGAGGAGUCCGGGCUGCUGCCCCUGAAAUUCUUGUUCUUGUGUAAGUCAGAUCCUAUGGCGUAUCUGGUGGUUCCGUACUAUCCUCGGGCAAACCUGAGUGCUGUUCAGGCUAGCAUGCCUUUAACUUCAGAUGAAGCAUUAAAGGUCAUGAAGGGCGUUGCCCAGGGCCUCCACACAUUGCACAAGGCUGACAUCAUUCAUGGAUCCCUUCAUCAGAACAACGUGUUUGCUCUAAACCGUGAGCAAGGAAUUGUUGGAGAUUUUGACUUCACCAAAUCUGUGAGUCAGCGUGCCUCAGUGAACAUGAUGGUUGGUGACUUGAGUUUGAUGUCACCUGAACUGAAAAUGGGAAAACCUCCUUCUGCAAGUUCAGACCUGUAUGCUUAUGGCUGUCUUUUAUUGUGGCUUUCUGUUCAAAACCAGGAAUUUGAAACAAAUGAAGAUGGAAUCCCAAAAGUGGAUCAGUUUCAUUUGAAUGGAGUCUCAAGUGCUCCAAAAUGGAGUCCCUACUGUCAAGGUGUUACUUCAAGCUAAACAGAAGUCAGAGUUCAUCACCAGCUCCGAGAUGUGGCAUCCCAUCACUCUGCUUCAUGAGCGUGCUUUGGAAAGUUUGUGGAAAGUGGAAUGAAAAUAUGUUUAUUUUGGUGCACAUAAUAAUGAAAUCCAUGCAUAGCUUUUUCAUAAUAUGUGUUUCUGUGAACUUUUGGAAGACCCCAUGUUUUAUCUUUGUUAGAAACAAUUUUGUAGGCCCAGCCUACAUUUGCAGAGAAGGGAUUAUAGAAGGGCUUGAGAUGCUGGGCUCCCUGCUAGUUGUACGUAUAAUGAAGAUGAAUAAAUACAUGGUCUCUGUUGACUAUGGGCUUGUGUAGUAUUUGCGUCUAUGAUCUGAGGCAGCUAUCAGUGCUGGGCAUGGGAUUGUCUUUCCUUACAUUUUGUGCCUGCACACAAGGCACCACACUGAAGUCUGGACUUUGGAGAUGGCACUCCACAGAUGGAGAAGAAUUCCAUGAAUUCAUGGAAUCAGGAAGUUUAAAGAGUUAUUAGAGAAUAAUUAACUUGUCAGAAAAAUUCCUCCAAAAAUAUCAACAGAUGACAUUCAGCCUCUGCUUAAGUAUUUGUAAGUUGAGGGUAACCCAUGUCACUGUUGUUAAAUUUCAUGUUUAUUUUAAGGUUAAUUCCUACAAAAAGAUAACAUGUAGAUGAUACAAAAUUCUCAAGUUACCAAAGGAAGCAUGUAAGUAAUCUAUGUGCACUGUCUCCCUUUUCCCAAAUCCUCUCCAUAGAAACACCAGCACUCCUGCUCAUUUCUUGUACAUCUUUCCAGGAAUAUCUAUGUAUGAAUUUGUUAUUUAAAAAUAGAUUAUUAUUUUAAUAUGUUUUUAAAAAAUACAUGGCAUUUAUUUGUGGUCUGUAAACUCAGUGAGGGCAGGGGCUAUAUACUGUGCCUCAUUUUAUCCCCUCUAUCCCCUGUGCAAGGGUAGGCAUAGUAAAGGGCUUAAGUAUUUGUUGAAUGAAGGAGCCUUGCUUCCUUAUAUUUUCAUAGUGAACAUUCUUAAUUUCUUGGGCCUUUUUUUUCUCCCAUUUCCUUCAUGUUUUUAAUUCUUCUGGAAUUCACUUUUACAUAUGACCUGAAGUAAGGAUAUGAUUUUAUCUUUGUGUGGACUGUUAGUUAAUCCAGCACCAUUUAUUCAGUAGUCUUAUUCUCUACUGAUUAAUAAUACCCUCUGUCCUAUGCCAAAUUUCCAUGCACUCAGGAAUCUGCUAGGGGCUCUUUCUGUGUCACAGACUUGUUUUCUGACCCAUUGCCAUGUUGCACUGCUGUAAAUACUGUGCCUUUGUUGAAGGCUUUGGCUUUCCUUCUGGACCUUUUUCUUCAAUGCUGUCUUGGCUGUUAUUUUAUUGUCCCUCAUGAAUUUUGGCACCGACUUGUUAAGUUCUCUGAAAAACACUCUUCAGACUUGGGAUUAUGUUGAAUUUAUAGGUUAAUCUGAAGGAUAAUUGCUAUCUUAAUGAAAACAUUAUCUUUGUAGUAAGGGAAAUAGUAUUUCUCCACUUACCUAGGACUUGUUUUACAUAUUGCUGUAUCACAUUGAAUCUAGUUAUUAUUAUCUUUAAUAACUUAGCAUGUCUGAAAUUGAACUGUAUGCUAUAGGCUGGCGCCAUGGCUCAAUAGGCUAAUCCUCCACCUGCGGCGCCGGCACCCCGGGUUCUAGUCCCGGUCGGGGCAUUGGAUUCUAUCCCGGUUGCUGCUCUUCCAGUCCAGCUCUCUGCUGUGGCCCAGGAGUGCAGUGGAGGAUGGUCCAAGUCCUUGGGCCCUGCACCUGCAUGGGAGACCAGGAGAAGCACCUGGCUCCUGGCUUCAGAUCAGCGCGGUGCGCCAGCUGCAGCACGCUGGCUGCAGCGGCCAUUGAGGGGUGAACCAACAGAAAAGGAAGACCUUUCUCUCUGUUUCUCUCUCUCUCCCUGUCCACUCUGCCUGUCCAAAAAAAAAAAAAAAAAGGUAUGCUAUAAAGAUUUUUUAUCAUGUUUCAUAAUUUAAUGGUAUUUUCUUUAAUUUUCAUGUUAAUAUGUUAUUAAUACAAAAAGAACAGAUUCAGUGUGGUUCCUAGACACAAUUCUAAAAUACACAGAUGUUUUCCUUCCAGUUUGGCAGUGUUUUAAUUUGCUUAUUAUUUUAAGGUGUUUUAAAUUCAAUGAAAUGAUUUUCAGUAAAGUUUUAUAAUCAGUUUUGAACAAUUUUAUUGAGAAAUAAUCUAUCCUUAUAAUUUAUCCAUUUAAAUUAGUUUUUAGUGUAGUCAUAAAUAUAUGCAGCCAUCGCCACAGUCAAUUUUAGGAUAUUCUCAUCACCUACAAAAGGAACCUGGAAACUCUUCUGCUAUCACCUCCCUUGUCUCCACCCCCUACUCUAACCCUAAGCAAUUACUAGUCUGUUUUAUGUGCCUGUAGAUUUAUCUGUCCGUUCUGCAGAUUUAUAUGAAUGGGAUCAUAUAGUAUGUCAGCUUUGAUGACUUCUUUCACUUAGCAUAAUUUUUCAAGGUUUGCGCAAAUUAUAAUAUCAGUACUUUUUAAAGCAUUUUUUAAUUUUAUUUUUUAGUUAGUUUUUAACAGAUUGAAUAUGUUUUAUAUGGAACAAUUCUAAGAAAAUAAUGAUAUUCCUUUCCUCCCUCCCUCCCCCGGCCUCCCACCUGCCUUCCUCUCCCUUUCUGUCUUUUUGUUGUUGGGAUAACAUAUUUUAAAUUUAUAUUACAGCAAAAAGACUUAAUACUUCACAAAAUAAGAAGUUUAAUGAGUAAAAAGCUAAAAGACCUUAGUUUAGUGGGAAUAUGGACAAUGGCUAUAAACAGUAGCUUAAUGGAAAAAAUGACCAUAUCACCCAUAUAUAGUAAAUUUUAAAGUAAUCACAGUUCAUUAAAACUAUAGUAGAGUAACAUUCUUAACCAUUGAUUUGACAAAGUAUAAAACAAGUUUUACAAAACUAUAUUUGCAGCAGUACUGAUACACAGACGGCUUUUUUUUUUUUUUUUUUUUUUUUUGUUGUUGUUUCUUAAAUUUUAGUUU